UUCAAAUGCAUGUGAAAUUACAAGCAAGUUCUUUUCUUUAAUUUUUAAUUUUUUAGAGAAUAUGUAGCUUUUAGCUGUACUGCUUUUCUCAUUUGGGUGCUUUUGUAGUCAAUAGAAUUUCUUGUGUGCGUUUGGUUUAUGGGUUUUCAUUUUUGGAGAGAUCAAGUUCUGGUUUUUUGAGGUUUAUGUGAUCUCAGAGUUUGGAAUCUUUGAUGGGUUUUGUGCCUUUUCAAAGAAUGGUUUUUGCAAGUUGUUGCAGAGUUUUCUAUCUGUUAAUGGGACUAGAGAUGAACUUCGAUAGAAGUUGCACGGCGGAUUUGAGUCCUAACACUGUGCUUCUGACUCAUGGUCAUCGUUCCCAUGUUGAAAACAGGAGCACAAAAGGGAAAUUAAAACGUAAAGAUGAUUUAUUGAGCAUAAAGGAGGAUUUUGUGGAAAUUAGCUUUCAUCGCUAUCGCAGUGCUUCUUGUAAAAGUGUUCCAUCUAGGCCUGUUGUUAACGUAGACCUUAAGCGUGGUUCGAUAUAUCAAAGCUCCAAAGAGGUACAAUAUAUUAAGAAAAUGGGCACUGUCGAAGGAAGGAGAAAGGUUCAAAUGCCGCGUAGUUCUGAUGAGGAAAGCUCACAUAAUAGGUCUUCAGUAGUAUCUUUGAAAUCGGACUUGAAUGCACCAUCUGUUGGACGGCCUCAUGUUGAACCAUGUUCGUCAGAUAGCUUAAUUGAUAUUUGUAUGGAUCCAGAUAACAGGGAAAAUCACUCUGCUGAAGCUUUAAGAGACUUCUCAGUGGAUCUAAAACUAAGAAGUGAUGCUGUUGCCAGUAUUAGGACAGAUGAUACAUCAUCCAUUUCUGUUAAUGAUAAAUAGUUUGGAAAAACUAAAUGUAGUUAGUUUUGUUAUUAGUUGUGGUUAGUUAGGAUUGUACAAGUUUAGUUAAGGAAGCUAAGGGUAUAAAUGUAAAGAGCCAAAAGGCUAUAUAAAUGUACAUCCAUGUAAUUGUUUAUUCAGUCAAUGAAAUACAAUCUUACAGAAGAAGAU